GUUGUCCUGCUGCUCAGGGCUGCCUUUGCAUUGCUUUCCUCCACACACCCCCGUCGACCCUGGUACCUCGCCCUAGGGCCCAGCCAUCCAUCGGAAUUGUGAUCCUUCUACGCUUCCCUCGGCUGCCAACACAUAUCUUGAUUGACAUUGCCAUUGCCAUGCUCCAAGUGGCAUCCCGCAUAAAUCCAACGGUCAACCCAGUCCCCUAACCCACUUGCGCCAGCAGAGAACCCAAUCAACACUGAACCGGGCGGGACGACAUCGUGGACUCAUCCCAGCAGGCAUAGCAACAGACAUCAUCGAGCGACGCAUAGCCGUCUUGUCUCUGUCUCUGUAUCCGUACUUACAUACUCUUCCCACCUUGCCUCCCGCCGCUUCUACUUCUUGUCCUGUUCUCAAAAUCUCUAUUCUAUCUCUCUUUCUCUCUCAUCGACACCGCACGCCCGCAGAACCUGGUGAUACAAGGACGGAUAGAAGAAACAAUACAAGUCGAACAGGGCUCUGUAUCCGUACAACUCCAACUCACGAGCGACCCCCGUCAUCCCCCAUUCCUCAGCAAGACAUCCCAGGUCCCAGCUGCUGCAGCACCACGAGACCCCCCGUCGGCGCCUCACCGCAACAUCCUGAUCCAAUCACGGACGCCUAGCCCGCCCACGACGGCAUUUUCCCCCUGCCACCCAUCGGCCAGCUCGACCAGGGGGGGGAGAGGGGUUGAUCACCAAGACCUCACCAUCACCAAACAAAAAAGUAGAAGCAACACAGGCCCAGUCCUCCUCCGGUUUACAUCUACGAACCGUUCAUAGUCCAUCGCGCGCCCCCCACUCCUUUCUACUUAGGCCCCGUAAGAAGGACCUGCAUCUGCUCCAGAAGCACUGCAAAACAACGCCCACUCACUCACUUCAAUCACUCACUUUUUUGCGUUUGUCCACUUCCUCGCAGGAAAGCGACAGGGGGGUUGGGGGAAAAAAGAGACGAUACGGUUUGUCGUCAGAUCAACAUUCAGAGAAACGGGGGACCCUCGCCGGAGGGGUCUAAGUUUUUUUUCUGCUUCCAUUGACCGCAACUUCUGAUACAUACCUAACCAUACCGCUCCUCGAAUCUCGUCCUCAUCUCCGCCCUUUCUCGUCAUCUCGUCAAACACUUUAUUUAAUUCGACGUGUCCGCCCCUGGGAGGCCCUCCGCAAGCGAGAUCUCCCCCUCUCUCCCCCUCACCCACUUCAAUCUAUCUCGUCCUGGUCUCAGACGCCGUUUACCUUCGCAGCUCGCAGCUUGGUUACUAAAAGCUCGCUCGUCGGCAUCGCUGUUCUCGUCAACCACGACUUUCACACACACACACACACACACACACACAUACUCUCUCACUCAACCACAGCUCACUCACAUACCCACACUCAUCCGCAUCCACACGCAAUACGCCCUCCGCUAUCGCCCGCUCACUGCGCCGCUCAGCGUUCUCGAUCAAGUGAGGGGGGAUAAUCCUCCGAUGGAUCCAUGCCGGGGAUUCGCAAUCGUAUUGUUCUGAGUUCUGCAGCAUUCGCAUACCCCUUUUAGUCCUUACACCUUUUGGAAGAAGCCAACAGCAUCUUCACCUCGGUGUUCAACUGCUUCUUCUCGUGGUCGGCUCACUCCGUGCCCACAAAAAACACUUUAACAUACAUCACAUCUACAUACACAUACGCCGCAAUCAUGUCUCGCCUCUCACCCUUCCCGUCUGAAAUGACGUUCCGCACCGACUCCCGCGCCAGCGACAGGACGUACUACACCUGCGCCUACCAGAGCUUCAACGAUGUCGAGCUCUACGCCCCCGGCUCCCCGCCGUCUCAGAACCCUGUCUACACACCGGCUCCGGUCCGGACCCCGGCGCCGGCCCAACAACAACCACAACAGCAACAACAACAACAUGACCAUCAACAACACUCCCAGCACAAAUACAAGGACCCCGAGCCGGCAGAGAUGCGCCGGCAGGACUCGGGCUACGAGUCCCUCCCGCCACGCUCCUCCUUUUCCAACCCCCGCCGCACAUCGACCGCAUCGUCCUCCCAGUCCUCCUCCAACAAUAACAACAGCAACAGUCAUUCGGGCUCGCAACCCCGGCCCCGCGGCCGCCCGACCAUCCGCCGCGCGCCCAAGACGAGCCCGUACCCCACGACCGCCCGCACCAGCGGCAGCAGCCUCUAUCGCCCGCAGCCGCACGCUCAGCCGCCCGUGACCUUCUUCCACUUCCCCGCGCACCCGACCGACGUCGAGCUCGCCGCGAGGCGUCCCCGCGAGGACCUCGAGCUCGACCAGCGACGGCUGCUGCCCUCACCCGGCCGGGUCAGCGGGGAGCAGGGGGGCCCGGAGGAGGGUGCGGCAGGCUGCGCUGAGGUCGCCGCGCCGCUGCCGCCGCAGGCCACGCACUACUGGACGAGCGACCGCACGCGGCGGCUCGAGUACGCCGCCAUCGACGCCGCGAGCCGGGGCGUCAAGGGCUGGGUCCGGAGGCACCUCGUGCCGGACUGCUUCGUCCCCAAGGAGAAGCACGUUGCCUUUGACGACGACACGGGCAGCGUGCGGCGCUACCGCCUCGAGCUCGACGAGGAGGCGCCCUGCGAGAAGGGCCGGUGCGGAGGCCGCAGGAGGAGCUGGUUCGGCUUCAAGCGCUCCAAGACGGCCUGAUAUCGACGUUCGUGAUGCCAUCACGGCGGUUCUCUGGUUUUGGUUUUUUUCUCAUGUUUUUUUUCUUUUCUUUUUUCAUCAUGGUGUUGACGCGGCUUCGU